AUCUCUUUUGUGUUAGUAAUACAUCUUUGAAGUGAAUAAACAUGACUAACGAGAAAACGGGUCCAAAUAGAGCCCAAAACAAAGCUCAUGCCAUUCACACCAAGAUUAAGCUGAUGACAAUGAUUGAGAGAAUGGCUGAGAAAAGAGUGGGAUUUUCGUGUUGGAAGUUAUUUACCAUUAAUUACUUCCGAUGUUAUGAAAUCAUUUCUCUGCUUUCGGUGCUUUUCCUCAAAAUCAUUGAAUUGUCCCGAAAUAAGGGAUAA